GACCUGGCUGCAAGGAACUGCUUGGUAGGUGAAAGCAACAUUUUGAAAAUAAGCGAUUUUGGAAUGUCCCGGCAAGAGGAUGAUGGUGUGUACUCAUCGUCAGGCCUAAAGCAGAUUCCUAUCAAGUGGACUGCUCCAGAAGCUCUCAACUAUGGGAGAUACACAUCUGAGAGUGAUGUAUGGAGCUUUGGAAUCCUUUUGUGGGAGACCUUCAGUUUAGGAGUGUGUCCGUACCCUGGAAUGACCAACCAACAAGCACGAGAACAAGUCGAGAAAGGCUACCGAAUGUCAGCACCGCAAAAAUGUCCAGAAGAAAUAUAUAAAAUAAUGCAGAGGUGCUGGGACUACAAACCAGAAAACCGGCCAAAAUUCAGUGAGAUUCAGAAAGAGCUGUCUUCAAUCAAAAAGAAAGUGACAUAGUGAUAAACAAGUGCCAAACUCAGUGUGUGGGACUUUAUUUUCCAGUGAAGUAAUUUUUUCCCCUCAAACACUAUGCGUUUAUACAACAUUAUUUGCAAUAUUCUUCUAGGAUUACGUUGAAAUUAACUGGUUUUUUAUAUACAUGUGUACCAUCUUGAAUGGUGUCUACACCUGCAUUAAAGACAUAUACUGCGAAAUGCUAUAUAUCCAGUCACAGUAAUAUUGUCAUUUAGGUUACAUGUAAAUAGAAAAGCACAUACUAUAGAUUUAAGGGACUGUGGCUUCUAUCUGUUUUACAGCAAGUAACUGCUAGUGACAUUUUUCAGAGGUUUUCUACUUUAAGCUGUGUUGUCACUCUGCU